AAAUACACACUGCAGCAUGGCUCUGGGGCAGCUGAGGUUGGCUACUGGACAGUUUUAUCAACAGUGACGGAAAAUAUCAGCACAAUUUCUGUGCUUUGGCGGAACCAGGCUGUAAACCUACGCGGGGAAAACAUUUCUCGGUGAAGUAUUGACCGUUACUUUUCAAACGUUACCUGGCAACCAAGUGACUGGGCUCCUGAUAGCACAGCGUGGCUGAGGAGGGCCAACACAUUUCACCUAUUUUAAAACAAAUAGUAAAAAAGAUUUCACCGAAAGUGGCCAUAAUGUCAAAGGUGAAAGCAAAGAAAAGAAACUCUUCUGCUAAAUCACAACAUCCAAAACCUACAAAGGAAAAUAACGCAGUGAAAAGGAAAAAAAAGUACUGGAAAAAAAUGCCGUUUAAAAAGAAGCUUCCUCUCAAGGAUAAAGAAAAAGCCCAAACUCAACAGAUAUUACCUCCAAAAGAUUCCCUACAGUUCUCCGCCAACUGGAAAACGUUACAAGAGAUGAUAAAGGCCAAUCCACCUGAGAAGAAGCAGCCGGCGACACCGAUACAUCACAAUGGUGCUCUGCAAAAAGUAGAGGCUAAAAACAAAUCUUCCAAAAAUAUUUCUAAGAACAAUGCCUGUCCCAGUCAGACAGAUCCUGGAAAAACAGUGAAGCACAAAACCAUUAGCAGCAAUUCUGUCCCCAAGGACUCUCGGGCGGAUGUGAAAGCUCCAGUUGUCUCAGAGACGAGACAGUCUGCUGCUCUGAAAAGGAAAAAGGACAGCACAAAUAAGUCAAGCAGUGAGCAAGCAGCCAAGAAAAAGAAAUCUGUGGUGGAAGAAACCAAACCUACAGAAGAGGACAUCUGGUUUGAUGAUGUAGACCCCGAUGACAUUGAGGCGACGGUGGGACCAGAGGCAGCGGAGAUCAUGAGGAGGAAGCAGGGCAUUUGGAAAAAUGAGGACCCAGAAAGCGUCCUGGUUAAGGAGAGAGCUUUUGAGGGCCUCACCAGAGCUGUUGCCAUCGAUUGCGAGAUGGUGGGAGUCGGUCCUGAUGGGGAGGACAGCAUCUUGGCGCGCGUGUCACUUGUGAACCAGUUUGGGAAAUGCAUCUAUGACAAAUACGUGAAACCGACAGAGAAGGUGACAGACUACAGGACAGCUGUCAGUGGCAUCCGACCAGAGGACAUCAAAGAUGGAGAGGAUGUGCAGACUGUGCAGAGGGAGGUUGCUGAGAUCCUGCGAGGAAGAAUAGUGGUUGGACACGCUAUACACAAUGACUUAAAGAUUUUACUCUUGGAUCACCCAAAAAAGAAAAUCCGGGACACUCAGAAGUAUAAACCCUUUAAGAAGACUGUAAAGAGUGGUCGACCCUCGCUGAAACUCCUCUGUAGAGAAAUACUCAAUGUCAAGGUCCAACAGGGUGAACAUUCAUCCGUCCAAGAUGCACAGGCCACCAUGAGGCUGUACACACUGGUGAAAAAACAGUGGGAAGCAGAUAUUAAAACCAGUCAGAAGGACAAAGACUCAAAUAAGAAAAGUGAGAGAAAGCCCAAGGCUCCCAAGAACAAGGGCAACCAUCUCAUGGGAUUAUGAAUGCAAAAGCAAUCUGUAAGAGGACAGAUCAUCCCUGAUCACAGCGGACUUGACUGAAAUCAUCAGAGGUUUCUGUUUGUUUUCAGAAGAGAAAGAAACCACAAGCAGAUGUUGAACACUUCUGACAAAAUUACGACACUCAUGAGCUUAUGUAAGAUCUAUCACAACUGUCCCACAAAGUGAGGAAAAACAAGCAAGCCAUGAAGAAUACCAAUGAAAAUGAAUGAUUUUCUUAAAAAACGUGUUUUUUACCAGGUGAUGACAGUGAUUUCAUCAGUCUGAACCCCUCAGACAGGGCAUUCCAGGAUGUAAAAGACUUGAUUGUUUUUGCGGAUUUGCCAAGAUUUACGUAAAAAGCCAGCAGUGACUCACACAGGGAUUUAAACAUUUGAGAGAACAUGGAAGCUGUAUUUACACUGAUCCUUUCAGCCAUUUCCUCCUUAGAUAUUUCCAGACAUCAUUUCCCCAAAGUGUUAUUCCCAGCAUCGGAGGCAGGUGUUCAAAUCAGAUUUCCUCUAUGGACACAGACCUGCAUUGCUCUUGAGAAUUCAAAGUCAUUUUUGCGAUACCACCCACACAUUGCAUCAGCAUAAUAUUUUUGCUUUAUGGUUCCAGUAUUUUAUAAUUUGUCUGUUUCGAACUUUGGUCUCUCUUGAGUUGGUUUGUUAUAGUUUGAUUCCUGGUUGCCUUAAAAGUUGUAUGUGUGGAGGUACAGUAUGAAUAAAACACAAGAGAAACUCUUUA